AUGAUUUUAUUGGAUAAUGUGCAAUAUUCUGAGGAAGUUGAAUUUCAUCAGCGUUUGGUACCUACGUUUUGGUGGAAUUACGAAUUGCAAGAUAUUCCUCUACCAGUUUUCCGUGCAAUCAUCAAAAAAGAAUUUAUAAAAAAUGCACAUUUGACGGAUAUUCGGAUAAUCGACAGGAAAGUCAGUGAAUGUAAACAGGAUAUGGUGAAUAUUCGAAACUCAUUCUAUAAUGCUGACCAUAAAUUUUUCAUUGAUUAUAAAAGAAAUUAUACUUGUAGGAUUGAAAGUAUAGCUCUUAUGCUUUCUAGCAAGAAGAUAUUUCAUGUUAUAACGUCAAAUUUUCGAUUUUUAUCGAAUAAAAUCGCUAUUAAUUCUUUUCUUUUCGACAUUCGCUAUAAAUCGAGCGAUGCAGAAGAGAUCAGUUAUUUUGACAAUCUUUCAAUGCAUUGGGCUGAUGAAAGUGGUCCUUUCAGAGCUCUUCACGCCUUUAAUCGUAUUAGGAUUCCGUGGCUAGUGGGAACUAUUGGUGAUAGAAGUGCUGUUUCAUAUAAUAGCCUUCAUGAUCUGAAGAUAGUUGAUAUUGGUUGUGGUGGUGGGUUAUUAUCUAUACCUUUGGCACGCCUCGGUGCAUCUGUUUCAGGUAUAGACGGCUCUGUUAAAGCAAUUAGUGUGGCAAAUCAAGCUGCUUCGAAAAUAUUGAAACAUCAAAGUAUAUCGGGCAAACUUUCAUUCAGUUGUUCAACAGCUGAAGAUUUUGCUGAAAAACAUGCAGAAGAAUUUGAUGCAGUGCUAGCAUCAGAAAUAUUGGAACAUGUGAAUAAUAUUCAAUCAUUAAUUCAUUCUUGUGUGCGCUUGGCAAAAAGAGGCGCUCAUAUUUUUUUCACGACAAUCAAUAAAACCACGCUCAGCCAGAUAUUAGCUGUUUGGCUUGCCGAAGACGUAUUACAUGUCGUUCCGUCAGGUGCUCAUAUAUGGUCAAAAUUCGUUGAUCCAACUGAUCUUCGAGCACUUUUGCAUUCCAAUAAUUGUGAAAUCCGUUUGAUUAAUGGUACUGCGUAUAAUCCUUUUACAAAUAGUUGGUCAUGGACAAGGUGUACACAUUUAGGGUAUUCUUAG